GAGUUGCAAGUAGUUCCAGAAUUCUUCAAGCUCCAUAAAGAGCAGGUGAUCAAGAACAAGAGCGAGCGAGAUGGCAUCGAUGUUCCGGAGCGAGGAGAUGUGUCUGACGCAGCUGUUUCUCCAGGUGGAGGCUGCCUAUUGCUGUGUUGCAGAGCUUGGCGAGCUGGGCCUGGUCCAGUUCAGAGAUUUGAAUGUGAAUGUGAACAGCUUCCAGAGAAAGUUUGUGAAUGAAGUCAGAAGAUGUGAAUCCUUGGAGAGGAUCCUCCGCUUUCUGGAAAAUGAAAUGGAAAAUGAGAUUGUGAUCUUCAAACCUGAAAAGUAUCCUGAGACCCCCCUGCCUCGAGAAAUGAUUGAUCUGGAGACAGUUCUGGAGAAACUGGAGGGUGAGCUGCAGGAAGCCAAUCAGAAUCAGCAAACCUUGAAACAGAACUUUCUAGAACUGACUGAACUAAAACAUCUCCUGAAGAAAACUCAGGACUUCUUUGAGACAGAAACCAAUCUACCAGAUGAUUUCUUCAACGAAGACACUUCUGGUCUGUUGGAAUUAAGAAGUACUCCUGCUACAGUGGCUGCAAAGUUGGGAUUCACAGCAGGGGUAAUAAAAAGGGAAAGGAUGGUGCCUUUUGAGCGUUUACUAUGGAGAGCCUGCAGGGGAAACAUCUAUUUGAGAUACACUGAAAUGGACACUGCCCUGGAGGACCCUAUUACGAAGGAACAGAUGAAAAAGAAUGUGUUCAUUAUCUUCUAUCAAGGAGAGCAGCUCAGCCAAAAAAUCAAGAAGAUUUGUGAUGGGUUUCGUGCUACAGUAUAUGCCUGUCCAGAGUCUGCUGCUGAACGUCGAGAAAUGGCCGAUGGUGUGAACGCAAGGAUUGAAGAUUUAAAUGCAGUGAUCACCCAAACGGAAUCGCACCGCCAGCGGCUGCUGCGCGAGGCAGCUGCGAACAUGUGGACUUGGGGGAUCAAGGUGAAGAAAAUCAAAGCCAUCUACCACAUCCUGAAUUGCUGUAACAUUGACGUCACCCAGCAGUGCAUCAUCGCCGAGAUCUGGUUCCCAGUGGCUGACUCUAGCAGGAUAAAAAGGGCUCUCCAGCAGGGAAUGGAACGUAGCGGCUCUACGAUCUCCCCUAUCCUGACUGCAGUACAGUCUAAGAUGGCCCCACCCACCUUCAACAGAACCAACAAGUUCACUGCAGGCUUUCAGAACAUUGUGGAUGCUUAUGGUGUGGGAAGCUACAGGGAGAUGAAUCCAGCUCCAUACACUAUAAUUACCUUCCCCUUCUUGUUCGCGGUGAUGUUUGGAGAUUGUGGCCAUGGUGCUAUUAUGCUGGCCUUCGCCCUCUGGAUGGUAACUAAUGAGAAGACACUUUUGGUCCAGAAAAGCAAUAAUGAGAUUUGGAACACCUUCUUUGGUGGGCGCUACCUGAUCCUGCUCAUGGGCAUAUUCUCCAUUUAUACUGGCUUUAUCUACAAUGACUGCUUCUCCAAAUCUUUCAACAUCUUUGGUUCUUCCUGGCAUACCCGCCCCAUGUUUAGGAACAACACGUGGAAUCUUCAUGUUCUUGAAGAAAAUCAGGUAUUGCAGUUGGAUCCGGCAGUUCCUGGAGUCUACUCAGGAAAUCCAUAUCCGUUUGGGAUUGAUCCGAUCUGGAACAUUGCUUCAAACAAGCUGACGUUCUUAAACUCCUACAAAAUGAAGAUGUCUGUCAUCAUGGGGAUUACGCAGAUGGUCUUUGGGGUCAUACUCAGUCUUUUCAACCACAUCUACUUCAAGAAAACCAUAAACAUCGUCCUGCAGUUCAUUCCAGAAAUGAUCUUUAUCCUCUGCCUGUUUGGUUACCUGGUCUUCAUGGUUAUUUUCAAAUGGUGCCGGUUUGACGUCCAUGUAUCCCAGAAAGCACCAAGCAUUCUCAUCCACUUCAUCAACAUGUUUAUGUUUAAUUACAAUGAUCCUACAAACGACCCCUUAUAUCUGCACCAGGAAGAAGUCCAGAGCUUUCUGAUCAUAUUUGCCCUGAUAGCUGUUCCCUGGAUGCUUCUAUUUAAACCUUUCAUCCUCCGAGCCAAUCACCGGAAAGCUCGGCGUAUGCUCCAGACACCAGCCAUUUCAGAAAACCCUGCUGGUGACAUUGAAGUGGAGAUCAUUGACUCCAAUCACUCCAAGACAACUGGUCAGGAAGACCAUAGUGGUGGCCAUGAUGAUGAGUUCAAUUUUGGCGACACGUUUGUCCACCAAACUAUCCACACUAUUGAAUACUGCCUGGGCUGCAUCUCCAACACAGCAUCCUACCUCCGGCUCUGGGCACUCAGCUUGGCUCAUGCAGAGUUAUCAGAGGUCCUCUGGACCAUGGUGAUGAACAUCGGACUUAAGAACAGCGGCUGGGGAGGACUUAUUGGGGUCUUCAUCAUCUUUGCCAUCUUUGCAGUUCUGACUGUAGCUAUUCUGCUUGUCAUGGAGGGCCUCUCUGCCUUCCUGCACGCACUGCGCCUUCACUGGGUGGAGUUCCAGAACAAGUUCUACGUGGGGACAGGUUAUAAGUUUUCUCCAUUCUGCUUUAAGUCUAUCAUAGAUGGAACUGCAGAAGGCUAAAGACAACUAAUUGCAAAAACCCUUUACUCCCAGGACCAAAUUUUUCAUUCCUUAAGACAGAUUACACUCUGGGGUACAGAAACCUCCUCAAGUGAGCAUCAUAUUCUAUGUAGUUAAAUGGAAUUGUUGCCCUGGCCUAGCACUAGGUACAAACCAGACACUACUCUCACGGUUAACCGUGUCAUACUUUAGCAAAAAUGUUAAUCUAAAAGGUGACCAUUUUUACUUAUAGAAUGCUAAACUGUAAAUCAGCAGAGCAACAGAACAGAGAGACAACACCCGACGUGUUGGCCAGAUGCUCAGCUGGU